GCCUCGCCUGCUGGGGUCUUCGCUCCUCUAAUCCUACGAUCUUAGCCCCGCCCCCGUGGUGUCGUGGGUCCUCGCUACUGGUCCUCUCCUAGAAAGCCGCGAAGUGACCAGUUCCUCAUUGGCCACACGUUCUCCCGCGCCACCGCCGCAGCCACAACAACCGCCACGUGCUCAACCUUGGCGCCUGCCCAUUGGCCACCAGCCUCUACCCGCCCACUCUCCCUUUCCGCCCCUAAUUGCCCUCUUCCUCCUUCCAUUGGCUGCCGGGCUCAGGGGCUCCCUUUUCAGCCGGGGCGCGCAGCGCCUCGGAUGCGGAUUGGUAGAAGGCGGGGCUGGGAGGCGGGUUAAAGAGCGCCUUGCUGGCUGGGCCACGCGUGCUUGAGAAGGUUCAAUGGCGUGGCAGGGACUAGCGGCCGAGUUCCUGCAGGUGCCGGCGGUGACGCGGGCUUACACCGCAGCCUGUGUCCUCACCACUGCGGCGGUGCAGCUGGAGCUCCUCAGCCCGUUUCAACUCUACUUCAACCCGCACCUUGUGUUCCGGAAGUUCCAGGUCUGGAGACUCGUCACCAACUUCCUCUUUUUCGGGCCCCUGGGAUUCAGCUUCUUCUUCAACAUACUCUUCGUGUUCCGCUAUUGCCGCAUGCUGGAAGAGGGCUCCUUCCGCGGCCGCACGGCCGACUUCGUCUUCAUGUUUCUCUUCGGGGGCGUCCUUAUGACCCUGCUGGGAUUCCUGGGCAGCCUGUUCUUCCUGGGCCAGGCCCUCAUGGCCAUGUUGGUGUACGUGUGGAGCCGCCGCAGCCCUCGGGUGAGGGUCAACUUCUUCGGCCUGUUCACUUUCCAGGCGCCGUUCCUGCCUUGGGCACUCAUGGGCUUCUCGCUGCUGCUGGGCAACUCCAUCCUCGUGGACCUGCUGGGGAUUGCCGUGGGCCACAUCUACUACUUCCUGGAGGAUGUCUUCCCCAACCAGCCUGGAGGCAAGAGGCUCCUGCUGACCCCCGGCUUCCUGGGACUUCAGAGCAGCAAGGCCCCAGCUGGCAGUAGCCUGACCAUCUGAACACAGCAGAGCCAGGGCGGCCCAGGGACAGCAGGAGAGCUCACGGCACCUUUCUGAGGCCCAGCAAGCGGAGCAGAGUUAGGGCUGUUGCUGAAAGGCAGAGAACUCUGCCCUGAGCCUCGCAGCCACUCUUCUCAGCUCUCUGGGUCUGGAAGGAGAACAGGCUGAGGGGAGCUGAGGUGCUACCAGAAGCCCCAUUCACCCUCACUCGCCCACCUGGGAAUCUGAGGCAGAGGAGGGCGAGGCCUGUGUGCUAGCCUUGUUCACAUGCCACCUUUGUCCCCCCAAGCCCCAGCCCCACUUCUGGCUCUCAUUAUUUUUAUGCUAAAACUUUGAAGAAAUUGAACAUGACCUGUUG